AAAAAUGUUAGCAAAAAUAGUGAACUAAAAAAAAAAACUAACUAACUACAAUAAUGAGAUAAAACAAUGUUUCAAGACGAUCCAACUGAAAAUGUAGAAGUUGAUUGCAACCAAAAGUUUUGGGAUUAUUUCAGUAUGGAAGGGACAUCGAUAGUGAAUGUGACUGAAGUGGUUGAUACUACAAUACCUGCGCCUGAGCAAGGGUUUGUGGUGGGCGUGUACAGCGCGCUAUUGGCUGCUGGCGCGGUUGGCAACGUUGGCGUCUUCGCGUCACUGAUGCGCUCGCGUCGACGAAAGUCGCGCGUCAAUUUGCUGAUGACUCAUCUAGUUAUUGCUGAUAUGAUCGUCCUGUUCAUUGUUAUACCUUUGGAGAUUGGCUGGCGAACAACAAAUGCGUGGCUAGCUGGGAAUCUAGCCUGCAAAUUCUUCCUAGUCCUAAGAGCAUUUGGCCUAUACCUAUCAUCUAAUGUCUUGGUCUGCAUAUCACUUGAUAGGUUCUUCGCCAUCCUCUAUCCUUUAAGGCUACCCAUUGCAAGAAAGAGAAGCAAGAUAAUGCUGUCUCUUGCAUGGAUCAUCGCUCUACUAUGCAGUCUUCCACAGAGUCUAGUCUUCCGUGUGAUGAGUCAUCCGAAGGUGCCAGAUUUUCAGCAGUGUGUGUCCUUUGAGGCGUUUGCGAAUCAACAGCAAGAGCUGGCGUAUAAUGUGUUUUGUCUCGGAGCGGUGUAUUUUCUACCCCUGACUAUCAUCUCAGUGUGCUACGCCUGCAUAUUUUAUGAAAUAUCAAAAAAUUCUAAGGAAAAUUCUGAAAAAUACCACCAAUCAGAUCACAGUAGAGUGAUGCUAAGGCGAUCGGAUCAGAGGCCGCUGGCACGUGCGCGAAGAAGAACACUCCGUAUGACUGUUACAAUAGUAACUGUUUUCGCUUGCUGCUGGCUGCCUUACGCUACCAUGACUUUAUGGUACAUGCUAGAUCGCAAAUCAGCGGUCCACGUGUCAGCAAGAGUUCAGGACCUGUUCUUCAUCAUGGCAGUCUCCAACUCCUGUAUGGAUCCUCUGGUCUACGGCUCCUAUAUCAUAGACCCGAGGACCUUCAAGAGGACUAUUAGGAAGAUCUUCUGCAUCCAUGUCAGCCCUUCAGAAAUACCAGGAAUUACCGGUCCUGACCUGAGAACAAAAGUGAGCAUUCGACAACCGAGCCGGGAAAUCACACAAUUGGAAAACGUCCGUCUCACAUGCGUGCGUCGACACAAGGUGAGGUUCGAAGAACUCUCAAUAGUCAGGCCAAGUGUGAACUCAGAUCCUAUCCCUCAUUGGUCUGAACACUCCAUAGUUGAUGAGCGAACUAUGAAGGCAUCACGAAGCUGUGAGAUCUUCGUCCUUCACAGCCCAAAGAGGAACUUCAGAUAGCGGUCAAUCACCCCUGGUUUCACCCAGGAAAGCAAAUUUUGAACUGACAAAACAAAACUAUAUUUUUAAACUAUGUGAUGUCUACUUUUUAACUGUGCUCAGUGGUUAAUAAGAACAACGGUUGUGAUAUAAAAUACUAUUUUUAAAAUGAAUGAAUAUUGUGACUAAGAUUGACAAUGAGAUUGGAAACUGAUUAGUUUUAAGGUGAAUUGUAAAUAUGAGAUUUCAGUUUUUGAUGGUGGUCGUCUCAUUAGCACCAGUUAAUGAGACGUUAAGUCUUAUUAGUUCAAAUUUAAACUGACCAAAAUAACUUGUACUCAAUAUUAUUUUAUGCUUAUUCAUGUAUGUUAAUGUGUGUCAAUGACUUCUCUCGCUUUGAGCGAGGCGAGAGGGAGUGUCAGACUCUUACUGACUAAAAACCACCCCAUAACUACUUCUGCUUUUCGAGCGGAGCUGGAGCCCCAGUAAACCCUAAAAAACUAGGUUGUCCGGAAUUGCGUAAACCUUGUAUUUAUAACUGGUCAAAUUUUUAAAUAAACACUCAUACUGCCGUAAC